CGAUGGGUGAUGGCUGCCUCGGUUGGAGCAACGAUUGCCGCACCAGCCGAUUCCUACCGUACUGCAAGGAGUAUCGCGAGAAGUUUUCCCUCUUCCACUACGUCGCACCGGAGCUGCUGGUUCCGAAAUCGAGCUUCGUCUAUCCGAACCGUAGCACGGAUGUGUACUCGAUCGCACUGCUCCUGUGGGAGAUCCUGAACGGAUACGUACCGUUCGUGGUGUACAGCCGGGCGGAGCUGGAAAAACUACACACCUCUUCCGACUUACCGUUGCCGAUGUUCGAGAAGGAGCGUUGCGAACGGUUCCGCCAGAUCUUCGAGGGUGGCCUGGGUGAUAUGGGAAGCCGGAAGAUGAGUAUGGGCAAUGUGGUCGAUCUGUUGGACUGUUUGCUGCUCGAGCUAGGCAUGGAGAAGAACGGCACGUACGAUUGGUUGGCGGAGGAUUACGAAGAGCUGACGAACUUGUCCGAGGUGCGACUCAAGAACGAGCUAAACGAUGUCAGCAAACAGGGUGCCCACGUGGAGAAGACGGACAAGAUUUACUUCCUGGCCGAGGAAUCGGAGUCGCUGAAAGCGAAACCACAGCACCUGCACCAGAACAGCCCAUCUACGAACGAUCCGGAACAGCCAAAGAAACCGGCGCGUAAGAUCAACCGAAUGAAAAACCAAUCGACGGAGGAACAGGAUGGACAGCAGCAACAGCAACAGCAACAGCCAGCCAGUCCGCCGGCACCGAACAGUGGGGAAUCGAAGCGUCGCCAGUCCCUAGACAAGAAGUCACCAAUCAGCACCACGUUCAAUCUCUCCAACUCGGGCAUCUAUCAAACGAUUUUCGAUUUUAACAAUAAAUUCCUGUCCCCAAAAUCGGCCACCGCCUCCAAGCAGGUGAUCUACGAUCGGACCAGCACGGUCAAGAAGCACAAGAAACCACCCCGAACGAAUAAAAAAUCGGCCAAGGAGCUGUUCGAGGUGGUCGAUCAGCUUAACAAGAGCUUCACGGAGCCAGCACAACGUGAAUCGGAUGGCGAUUGUGGCCCGCUGGUGGUUGAGCAGGUGGCUACAAGUCAGGAGCCACCUAGCAUUAACAUUGAACCUAUUGUAGCGACCCCGAAAGAAGGUACUCCCGGUGGUAGUGAUUCCGAUGAUAUGCACACACCGAAGCACACUCACGUUGGCCACGCUUCCAAGUCUUGCGACAGCUCACCGGGAGCAAGGCGGCGUAGUGUGACGCCACGGAUGAACAACUCGUUCCGCUUUACCAUCGGUGACUUUACGCUGCCCGAUACACCGAUCGCACGGAAGAACAAAAUCCGAAAGCACGCCUGGCUGUCGGACCAGAAGCUCAAGAUGACUGACGAAACGAUGGCGAUAACACCGGAGGAUUGUCGUAGCAAGUCGUUCUUUAACGCUGGCCUAGCGACGCGCAGUGGAUCGUUCCUGACGUCCACUAACUUGAACUGUUCGACCUCCCUGCAGGACAUCAAACCGAAGCGCAUUAACAUCAGCGUGAACAUUAUCAAAUCGCCGGACCCUUGGACGACCUCGGUGACGGUGAGGAAGCGUCACCAAUCGGUACCGAGGGCCGAUUCACCGGCCGCGAAUGGAAUGUUUGAGAAGCGGCUCUGGCGCAAGGAGAAAACGAUUUGCGAACGAAGCCAACUGCCGAUGGCCGAUAUGGUGGUGCCACCGCGGGGUGAAGAGCAAAGCAAGAAUGAGCACGAAGAUGCCACUGACACCAAGGACGGUGCUCCAUUGGAUGAUUCGCUCAGCAUCAUUACCGCACAUUUGACUUCGGUGCGUGAUGCGAUCAAAAAGAUUGAGACAACGUUCGAGAACCAUGGCUUUGAUUAUAGCCCGAUUCGAAAGGCAGUGGAGCAUGGGCAAAAGGCGGAUGAAGGAUACUCCCGGAGACAGCUGCUAGUACCGGAUGGUUCACUGGUUGUCGCAGAGCACCUUCUCGUACCGACCAAGGUACUCGAGCUAGAAAAGACGCUCGACGCCGAGGCAGCGGGUCUAAAGGAUGACACGCUGCCACCUCCGGUCCCACAGUCAGCACCGCCACCGGUCGAAAGCGAAUCCUCUGAGCAACCGCAGAUUGUAACGCGUCUCAAUAUGUUGCUCGCCUGUAAUCAACCGGAGCAUAAGGAGGAACAGAAGGUGGUUGCUACUCCUUCGCCUGAGCAACCUGUACCUGAUCCACCACAACCAGAGCCAGCCCGGCAACCCCGGAUGAUCUCCCAGGUGCCGAGUAAACCGACACCGAUAGCAACAACUGCACCAGUGGCAACAUUUGCGCCCAACUCACAGCUGUACCUUCGGCGCCAAAAUGCAAUCAAUACGGCCGCCAACAGUGUUGCCACGAUUCACCAGCGCACAGUGUACCAGGAAAGUAUCGUCUCGAGUACGGAUCACGGUGUCCAGUUCACCGAUGUCAGUACUGGUGCUGGUGCUUCUGUCGGUGGUGCGACAACAACGACGUCAACCACCGUACCACCAACUGGCAGCGCCCGGAAGAAGAAGCUUACAACCCGCGUGACGGUGAACAUGAGAAAGAUAUCGCGCCGUGCCUCGGACAUUAGCCCGGCUUCAUCACGCCCGAACUCGGCCAACCUGGACGAUCUGGAGCUUCCUUCCUCCGGUUGUAUCACACCGACCGGUUCCCUGAAGGGCGCUGGUGCUGCUGGUGCUUGUGUUGGGAGCGUGCGGCAUUCCUGUGGGAAUGAGUUGCUGCGAGCGUUCUCGAAGCUCCGUCUUGUACCACAGGAUACGGUCGAUGGCACGAAACCGAUGGCAAACGGUGGUGCCACAACGGAUUCUAGCCGUUCGGUGACUCCCGUUGGUCAAACAGUGGCCCCAGUUGGUGCCGGUGGUGGUGGUGGGCGCUCAAUGGAGCGAUUCAUUUGCUGCAAUUGCGGUAACUCGAUGGUACCGGUUGAAGGAUUCAAUGUUCCCACCGGAAGCCGUAUCGGAAUGACGGCUGCUUUCGGCGAGAUCAACUUCCCCAAGGAGAGCUUUGCCUCCAUGUUUGAGCCACCGCUAACACCAACGUCUGCCAGUGCUUUGGCCAGCCGACUCCAAUCGAUAGGAACUAUCCAGAAAUCAACCGAGGAUCUGUACAUCGAUGACGACUUUUGCCAGGGAUUGAGCCACAUGGGCGCCAACAUGGAGCUGGUGGAGCCGCUCGAUGAGGGACAAUAUCUGGACGCAUAUGACAUCUACUCAACGGAAAUCUAUCACGCCGAAGAGGAGGAGGAGGAGCUGGAAGAAGAGCUAGAGCACCUGGAAGGACAUCCGCUGCCGGAUCAAAUGCUGGCACCGAUAAAUGCUUGCAGCACUGAUUGUACUGACGAUGAGGCAAAGUUUCUCGAAAAGUGUACUCAACUCAACUCGGAAAGUCUAAAGACGGAUUACGCCGUGCUAGCCUCGCCAAUCGAUUGUGUAGCUCCUGUGGCGCUCAACAACCAACAAGCAACAGUGGAUAAAGCACCGACAUCACACCAACGAUAGAUAAGCGCUACUGUUACCGCAUUCGAUAUGAAAGACACACCUCGUAAGACUUCCAAUACCAAGUAUUACCUAAACGGUCACUGUGCUAAACGCGCGGUUCGCGCCCAUUUGCUGGCGGAUUGCGUAGAUUGACGAAGAGUGGAUUAAGCUUUUAUUUUUCUAAGAAAAUGUUUUUUUUAUAUAAUAUUUUUUUGGUUUUUUACGCGUCCGUAGUGAUUUGGAACACAUACACCAACAUGACCGAUAUUUAUCCAGCGGCAUUAAGAACCCGUCUGGCGUGACAUUGCCUUCUUCUGUGAACUGCAUUCCAAUACCAAAACGAACCAGCAUAUAUUCGUUUAUAUUAUCUUUGGAUUAAGCUCGUUUAACUCUAGUGAAGUAAGAGCGUAUUGAGGUGAUGCUAUUUACCGUAGAAAUGUAGCGUGCGCAUAUUUAACAUAGACAGCCGUGUGCAUACUCUCCACGGUGUUGCAGUGCAGGAGCGCGCCUUGACCAACGACUCACUACCGGUCUCGGCGUGGUACUGGUGCUGAAGAGAAUGAAAUAAAUUAUUUUGCUUCUGUA